GGCUGCGUGACGUCACUGAAGGCUGGAGCGGUCCCUUGAUUGGAGCAGGAGGGGGAGAAAAAUGGGGAGAAGAUUAGGAGGACCUUAGGAAAGGCAACCAUGGCAGAUGAAGUGAGACGACCAGCUGAAUGUUGCCACCCAGUGCGGUCAUGUGACUGACCUGGCUCUUCUCUCCUGCUGAUGUCCGGUAGUUGCCCUGUUCUCACCAUGAGAGGAUCCGCCAGGUGCUCGAGCUCAGUGCCCUCAGACUGGCGCUACCGUUGUGCUGCGUGAGCGCCCCCCCCUCCUCCGGCAGUUACUGCACGGAAUGGCAUCUUUGGACCUGCCAUACCGCUGUCCUCGCUGCGGGGAGCACAAGCGCUUCCGAAGCCUGUCGUCGUUGCGUGCCCACCUGGAGUACAACCACACGUACGAGACCCUUUACGUCCUCUCCAAAUCCAACAGUGUAUGUGACGCUGCUGCUCUGCUACCCCUAGUGGCCGAGGGAGCUCUGCUCGCACCCGCCAAUAAUAACGACCCUUUUGAGCCACUUCGGCCUUCAGCUUUAAAGGAGCGGCGCUUUCCUUGCCGUGAGCUUCCUUGUGCAGACGACCUGAGUUUGACCCCAGCUAACUCCAACACUGCAGCCCGGUAUAUUCCUAAUGUGGAGUUUCCCCUGGGGGAGAUUUUUAUGAAAAAAGCCAUGACAUCCACAGAUCCAGGUCCCCAUGGAAACCCCAGCACAGCUGUAGCGGUGGCAGCUAAUGUAGCAGCCAGUGCAGUCGAAGCAGCGUAUGAGGAAGGCCUGGCCAGGCUGAAGGCGCGGGCGUUUGAACGGCUGGAGCUGGAUGAAAGGCUGGAGAAGCUGUCUGAAGAGGUGGAGCAGAAAAUAGCGGCCCGUGUAGGCCGUCUUCAGGCGGAGCUGGAGAGGAAGAGCUCAGAGUUGGAGCGGGCCAAGCAGGAGAGUGAACGGCUGAGCCAGGAGAAACAAGACCUGGAGGACAAGGCCUCGGAGCUUUCUCGGCAGGUGGACGUCUCCGUGGAGAUGCUAGCCAAUCUCAAGCAGGACCUGGUGAACAAGGAGGCAGAGCUGAACCACAAACAGCAGUAA